GUAAUCCUAAAGAUUUAAGAUUGGAUAUGAAGAAUUUGAAUGAUGAAAUGAGUGGUCAUUGUUAUAACAAACACGAGAUUGUGUACUUCUGUGGAUCUGCUUCUUCUUGGCAUCCAGUGUUUACAAGACUAAUAAGGAGAAUUGUUUCAUUAUCGGGGUUGAAGAGGAGACUUGUAUUUGUGGGGAAAAAGGUGUCUCAGUUGAUGUAUGUAGCUGCGGAUAACUCUUUGAUGCAUAUUCAUGAGUUGCCCCAGCAAUGUAUCCCCGUUAAGGAAAUUGAUGCUAGGGGGGAGGGAGAACUUGUUACUUAUACUGGGACUGUGACAGGAGUUUACACGAGGGGUAUGAUUGUUGAGUUGGAUAAUGAGCUGUUGCUACUGUUAACGGAUCCACAGCUUUCUGUGCCACACAGUGUGAGAGUUGGAGCAAUGGUAUCAGUGAAAAACGUUCAUUUUAUAAAUCCAAGUUAUUCAUGGACAAAGACACUUAUACUCGGCUCUUGUGUUAAAACUAGCAUUUCCGUGGAGUGUUUCUCCUUGCUGGAAACAGGAUGUUAUACAGUGGCCUGCUGCCAGAGCCUUCUUGCGAAGUUUAUUGACUCCUUAGUAUUUGUUGCCAGGCUAUGGGUAUUACUUGUCGUAAUCUCUUUUAGAAGAAAGUUCUCUGGGAUCUUAUCUGAGAAAGAGAUCUUGGGAUCGACAAGUAAGAAAGGAUUUGCUCAGUUAUAUGCAACUUCUUAUUUGCCUGCUUCAGCCUUCCAAAUUCGGCAGCAUGGGUUGUUCAUGGAAUUUGUCAAGCACGAUAGAUGUGCUUGUAGCAGGGAAACAUGUUCCGCUCCUUUGAAGUUGGUGGCACCUAUCGCUAAUUUAAUUAAUUAUUGUGAGGCAAUGUGGAGGAAACUGAUUUGCCAUCAGGGCAGAGGUUUUGAUUUCAUGGGUACCCAAAAGGAGUAUAAUUCCAUAUCUUGUGGCGGGAGACCUUUUGCGCUGUCUAUAAAGAGAGCCAUUCACAGUGAAGACAUAGGUGUUUCUUUGCUUGGAAUCUUGAAGGUUCGAACAUUUUAUUUGUACUUUCUUUUUUGUUGCUGCAAGGAUAUACUUGCCAGAAUUUAGGGGCUUGACCUGUUAUGAUUUAUGACGUUAUGAUGUAUGGUAUGCUAUUUGAUGUUAGCGUUAGGUAGCAUUUCCUAACUAUUGGUUGGCCUCUUUGAUUUAUGAUCACAGAAAAAAGAGUAGUAGUCGUAUUGCAUUGAUCUGUAUUGUAAAGUAUAGAGACAAUAGAGAAAUCUCUCUUGUGUUGUAUUCAAGAAGUAACAAAUAUAUAUACAAGUACAUAGAGCCUUAACU